AUAGAUUUUGCUAUGGUGUUUAAUAAGAGAGAUUUGGCGAAAGCAUUUUCGCCCAGUAAGGUUAAAAAGUUCCCGAAGAAACGGCUUUCCAGUAAUGGAAUCAAGUCGAAUACGAGUGGAAGCACAACUUCAUCGAUACAAACUGAGUCCAGUUCACAGACGAGUAUCAAGGUAAUCGUAAGAGUACGACCGCAGAAUGAACAUGAGCUUCAGGGCAAUUGCAGAACUCUUAUAAAAGUUGUCGACGAUAAAAUGCUUAUUUUUGACCCGAAAACAGAAGAAAAUCCGUUCUUUUAUCACGGCGUUGCUCAAAAGGGACGUGACUUGCUUAAGAAACAAAAUAAAGAAUUACAAUUCAUCUUUGACAAAAUAUUUAACAUGCAAUCUGAUAACACUGAUGUAUUCGAAGGAAGUACCAAAGAAUUAAUAUGUAAUCUUUUGGAUGGUUAUAAUUGUUCUGUAUUUGCAUAUGGAGCAACAGGAGCUGGAAAAACUCAUACUAUGCUUGGCAACAAUGAAGAUCCUGGUAUUACAUACAGGACAGUAGCAGAAUUAUUUUCUGAAAUAGAAAAGCAGGGUGAACACCGUGAAUUUAAUUUAGGCGUAACAUAUUUAGAAAUUUACAAUGAGAAUGUGCAAGAUCUUUUACAUAGAUCUGGACCUUUACAUUUAAGAGAUGAUGGUAGAUGUGGAGUAAUUGUUGCUGGUCUUAAAAUAAUUGCUAUUCAUAGCGCCGAAGAAUUAUUAACACUUCUGGCAAAGGGUAACAGAAAUCGUACCCAGCACCCUACUGAUGCAAACGAAGAAAGUAGUAGAAGCCAUGCUGUUUUUCAAGUUUAUAUUAACAUUACCAACAAAUUGGAUGGUCAAGUACGACAAGUCAAGCUAUCCAUGAUUGAUUUAGCUGGGUCUGAGAGAGCUUCUGCUACAGGUUGUAAAGGACCAAGGUUUAAAGAAGGUGCAAAUAUUAAUAAAUCUUUACUGGCUCUAGGAAAUUGCAUUAAUAAUUUGGCAGACGGUGCAAAACAUAUAACAUAUAGGGAUUCUAAAUUGACACGUCUCUUGAAAGAUUCAUUAGGUGGAAAUUGUCAGACAGUUAUGAUAGCUAAUAUUGCACCAUCUAGCUUUAGUUACGAAGAUACGUACAAUACGCUAAGGUAUGCAGAUAGAGCCAAGAAGAUCAAAACUCACAUAAAGAAAAAUAUUCUAUCAUGUGAGAUGCAUGUAACUGCAUACAUAAAAAUGGUCGAGGAACAAAAGAAGGAAAUAAACUAUUUGAAGCAAAAGUUAUUAGCAUUUGAAAGUGGUCAAUCGAUGCGUAUACUACCAGAGAACAGUACAGAUAGUAAGAUCAAUGAGGAAAUGGACAAACACGUGCAAACCAUUAGCAAUAAACUUUUAGAAUUACUUCAAAAAAAGAAAGUUCUAAAUGAGAAGGUUCUGUCAUUGGAAAGUGCUGACAAAAUAUUAUGUUGUAGAAUUCAAUACAAAAAAGCAGCAGAUGAAAGAUUGCAUAACUUAACAGCAACUGUUGAAGCUUCAACACCUGAAGAGCAAAAUGCGAGUGGUAAGUCAAGAGUUAAUAAAUCUUUGCAUUAUUUCGAACGGCAAAGAGAUUCCUUGAAAAUACAAAUGGAAGCGGCAUGGAAAGAAUUGUGUUUGAUAGAGGUAGAAUUACAAAAAUUGAAUGUGGAAUUGAAGUCAAAGAAGUUAGAAGAUAUAAUUGCACUACAAACUUGCGAAAUAAAAAAUUCUAGACUACAGCAAGAGUAUGAACAUAUAAGGAAAGUAAGUAAUCUUCAACAAUGUGAAAUGCAGUCUUAUUCUUCAAUGAUUAAAGUGAUGAGUACAACAGUACAAAAUUACUAUAACAUGAUGACAGGAUAUGGAACAAUGACAGACGCAAUGAAAGAAGAAUUUAAACAAUUGAUCAAGUUAUUGGAAGGAGUGAAAAAUAUCAAAUGGUCAGAUAUGGAAACUAUCGACCAUGAGGAACAUUUUUAUAGUUUAACCUGCCUUAGCACAACUAAUCUAAUGGAUCCUCUUAACAAUAAAAUGCCUACAUUUGUGUUACAUCCAACAGAUCAACAAAACCAAGACAAUUGUACUAAAGAUGCAUUAAAUGCAACUUUUAAUGCAUCUUGUCCUGAGACAGACAACAUAUUGGAUGCUCAUGAUGUAACUGUUACAUUGCAAGAAGAUUCAAAUGCGAGUUGCAAUGAAGAUACAAAAGUGACAAAAGAAAAUGCAGAAGGAGAGCAUAGUAACGCGAAUUUUAUACAAGAAAAGGCGAAAAAGCGUGUUCUUUCAGAUAGAAAUAAUGUUAAUGUGACAAAAACUUCUGCCAAACUAGCAAAACAUAAAGGUGCUACACUCUGCACAAUAGGUACCAAAGGUAAAGAAAAUAAACAAUGUGUGCCAAAAUCGCACGUAACAAUGAGUGCUAAAAGUAUUGCUAUAUUAAAUAAGUUAAAAGUAGACAGACUUAAAAAAGACAAUUUGAAUAUCAAUAUGUCAGAUGGAGCACUGAAAGUAGUGAGAGAAAAAGAAAGGAGAGGAUUGAUGGCAACACAUCCAUAUCAAAAAGCAAACGGAAAGCAAAAACUCGUUCCAGCGCUGCCUUCGUCACGUGUGCCCUGGUAGCAGCAAUA